AUGAAAAAAAAAAUCAAGAAAGUAUCAGAAUCAAAAUCAGAUAGUAGUGCCGCAAAGAAUUUUGAAAAAUUUACAGGAAAAACAGAUAAACAUCCAAAUGAAUCAAAAAUAUGUGUGUUAGAAACACCGAAAUCUUUAUGUUCUCAUGAAACAAAAAAGAGGUUUUCGUUUUUUGGACGUAUUUGUCGUAAUAAGACAGGAAAAUCAUUGGAACCGCAUGUUUCGAGAGAAGGCUUUUCAAGUGAAUCUGUUUCAAAAAUCAAUGCGGAUGCAUCUACCUUUUGUUAUUCAACAUCAACAAUUUCAUUUUCCCCGAAAAUUUAUAACGAUACUCAAUAUGUAUCACCUAGUAAUUCUAUUUUUGACAAAUCUCAUGUUUUUGAACGUUCAGUUGACUAUUCAUCUUUAACUUUUUCUUCUCCAUCAACAUCUGUUUCAAUUACACCGUCUGUUUAUAAAAUGUGUUCAGCUGAUUCUAUUCACCAACAGAGAAUAGUUGACAAUCAUGUGCCUACUGUUUUAGAUGCAAGUAUGGAAAUUUUGAAUGAUUCUACUAAUAUGGACAACAUUGAAAUUGUUAGUAUUAAACGUCUUUAUUCACCAAUAGAAUCUUUUGAUCCCUUUCAACUCAAAGAUUCUUGGACAUCAUAUGCAUCUUCUUUAUAUACUAGAGAAACGUCACUUAGUUUUGUUUCUUAUGCUGAUCUUGUUAAUGUCGAUCAUUGUGAAACUUUUUCUCCCAUUCUGACAGUUACUAAUGGUUCAAAACUGGUAACAUUGUCUUCAGAUCCUGAACAUAUCUCUUUAGAACAGACAUUAUUAGGGGAAGGAGUUAAACGUUUGCUUUUUAAUUCAGAACGUAUCUCUAAUGGGUAA